GACCCAUUCUCGAAACGAUCCUAUCUCUGUCCUAACUUGAGCUUCCGAUCCUAGCUAGGAUAGCGAGCUCUUCAGUCGGUGAGAUAGAAAAGCGAAGGGAUUUCCCAUAUGACGUCACAGCUUUUGGGGAAAUCCCCGAGCAGACGUCAAAAUGUCAAGCUCAAGCGAGAUGGCGACCGCAGAAAAGAAAGCGAGAAAAGUCAACUGGACUCGGAACGAGAUGGAUUGUUUAGUUGAUGAGGUGGAGAAGCAUAAGUCUAUUCUAUUUAGCUCAUUUUCAUCCGUUGUUACCAACAGCAAGAAGCAACAGAUUUGGAAGGACAUAUCAAACAGAGUCAGUGCUUGCGGGUCCUCUAUCCGCUCAUCAGAGGAUGUGAAAAAAAAAUGGACCACUCUAAAGAGCGACACAAGGAGGAAAGCCGGUAGCCUAAAGAAGGCAAUAUUCCAGACAGGCGGAGGGCCAUCACCAUCUCCACUGAGUGACUUUGAGUAUAAGGUGGUGUCCCUCAUUCCAUCCGCACAAAUCAAUGGUUGCACAGGGGGGCUGGAUAGUGAAGACUUGUCAGCCUUCUCAGGAUUGGGCAGUGUGUUGUUUGAUGCAGCUGUUCCCUCGACUUCAACUAGCAGCAACAAUUUGAAUGUCGACUCUGCCCGGACAUCACCUAUCCUCCUUUCGCCCUGCACUCCACCUCGACAAGCAGCACCACCAACACCGCAUGAUCCACCAGCAUCGUUCCAAUUGUCACCAGAAAUAGGUAAUAAUAUCACAUCGCAAAUCAUGAUAAUUAUAGAUUUAUCUCGUUUAGAUUUGGUGUGCAAAAUUAGACAAUAUACCUCAGACUAAUAUAUAGAGAAUAUUUGGUGUUUUCAGUGUGAUAUCACUUACUACGUCACGCAAUGAGAGAUCAGUGAUAUUACA